UACCGUUGAAGAAAGCUCAAAACUUUUCUUGCCAAAAUGGUUCAGAAAAAAGCCAUUCUCUACCUUUUAUGACGAAGUAUUCCUGUCUACCUGGAUAUACUUUUCAUGGGACAUUCCCCAAGGAAAAAAUCCUAACGUACGCCUCCAUGAAAUAGCCUAAUUAAGCUCUUAACGUGAACUACAAGACAAUCAAACUCAUAUGGGAGGAAAUUUCAUCUUGCACUCUUGCCUUUUCCCUCAUCAUCUCAUAACAUAUAUAGCAAAAUGUCCAGAAUCGAAAACACAAUACCCAGAACCCCAAAUAAAACAGGAACCUACGUAAAUACAAAAAAAAAAGGGUAAUGGAUAACUUUGUUCAAUGCCAGGAAGGAGUGUCGGAGAUUGUGUUCUUCGACCUGGAAACAACAGUGCCAAAUAGAGCCGGACAGCGUUUCUGGGUAUUGGAGUUCGGAGCAAUCGUAGUGUGUCCAAGAAAACUUGUAGAACUAGAGAGCUUUAGUACACUCAUAAGACCAAAGGACUUGUCUGCUGUUGCAUUGAGAUCUGGUCGAUGUGAUGGGAUAACUCGAGACGCUGUUGCAAAUGCACCUGCAUUCGAAGAGGUAGCUGAGAAGAUUUUUAGUAUUUUGAAUGGAAGAAUAUGGGCUGGACAUAAUAUCCAAAGAUUUGAUUGUGUCCGUAUUAAAGAAGCAUUUGCGGAGAUUGGUAAGCCUGCACCUGUUCCUGUUGGAAUGAUUGAUUCUUUAGGGGUCUUGACUGAGAAGUUUGGCAGAAGAGCUGGAAAUCUAAAGAUGGCAACUUUGGCUUCAUACUUUGGCCUUGGGCAGCAAAAGCACAGGAGUCUUGAUGAUGUUCGCAUGAAUUUGGAGGUUCUGAAGCACUGUGCCACUGUUUUAUUUUUGGAAUCAACGGUUCCAACUCUACUAAAUCGAAAAUGGAACAAUUCUCCGAUUACUACACGUAGUAGAAGCAACGGAAAACUGCUUUUCAGGGAAGAAACCAGCCGGAAAUCUCCUCCCACCACUGCUGCUAAUUACCAAAGAACAGUCCCUUAUGCAAGAGGAAGUCUAGGAAAGGUGAGUGAAGGAGUGAAGAAUUUGUUGUGCAAGGCCCAAGAGACGAGAUCCAUUAACAGGCUACUCAAGCAUUCUCAUGCUUUGCUUAGAUGAAGAAGCUAUCCUGCAACUUAAUUGUUCUGCAUGCAAGAGAAGGUUUUCACUUGGAUGGGAAUUUGAAAGCUUACCAUAGAGAGUGGGUCUUGCGAGACUCGUCGUUUUGCUUGGAAAUCAAGAUGGACUCGUGGGGAUGCCCUAUUACUUGAUUAGAACCAAGAACAACUGCAACACAAUUUCAUUGCCUAAUUUAUUCUUCAUAUAAUUGAUUAAUUUUUUUUAUUUAUUUUUUCUAAUAGAACCUCUACAUAUAUUGAUUUAUUAAGAAUUAAAUGACUCAUAU